AUGGAACAAUUUGAUCAAGAGGAACGUGAGCUCCUGGAGCAAGCUGGCAGAGUCGCUACUCUAGUUGAAUAUUUUGCAUGGUUGCAACAAUGUGAUGAAUUUAUACAGCGGCUUGAGGAACGAUCGCGCGACUCGAAGGUGAAAAGACGAAGACAUUUCGAGCACGUCGGCGGUAAUUACGCGAGUGAUAACGAGGAAAGACUCGUAUGGCGCGAGAUAGAUACCGCGUUUGAAAACCGCGUUCUAACUGGUGCGAUAAUUAACACAAAUUACAUCGAACCGCGACAGUUUCUCGAAGACGCAGGUGGUAUAGUGAUCGAGCGAGUGCGGAACGUUUUAGAAACACAUGACAGUAUAAAAGUGAAUACCGCGUUUAACGGUAAAUUCGUAACGGGUGAAAAGCGCGCUAGCAAAAGCAUUACCACGAAAAAUUGUGAAUUAUUCCGAACAUUGGACUUGAACGAGUGGUACGAGCGACACGUCAUCGAGCCUACGUUAACGUCGCUCGAAGAGUUUCAGGAACGCGAUAGCGGGUGGGCGCUUUCACGUAUAUUGAAUUUGACUAUUAAUAUAAAUAAGUACAAUCCUUUACACGCAAGGUGUUAUGUGACAUUGCCGCAAGAAAUAAUUUUGAAAAAAGCGGUAGUGAAUGUAAAAUCGAUGGACAAUGCGUGUUUUGCGUGGUCGGUGGUCGCCGCUUUGCACCCUGCUAAAGAAUAUUCGUAUCGGGAGUCAUCGUAUCCGCAUUAUACAACGGUUUUAAAGUUCGAUGACAUCAAGUUUCCCGUUACAUUAAAGGAUAUUAAGAAAUUUGAGAGACUCAACGAUGUGUCGGUCAAUGUUUACGGGAUGAGAAUUAUCGCCUCCGUCGCACAGGUGGAGAUUUAUACACUACGACUCACGGACAACAAGAGGGAGAAGCAUGUUAAUCUUUUAUACGUGGAAGAUUCGCGCGAAGACAGCGUGGAACACUUUACAUGCAUCAAGAAUCUAUCUCGCCUAGUGAGCUCGCAAGUGAGCAAGCAUAAUGGAAAAAAAUACAUUUGUGAUCGGUAUGUAUAUUAUAUAAAAAAUAAAUACUCUCGUGUUUCUAUCAUUAAAAAAAAAAAUUAAAAUUUCUAUAUCUUUACAGGUGCUUGCACUAUUUUUCAUCUUGUGAGAGGCUGCAAUCACACACUGUAGACUGUCAAAAGAUGAAUGAUUGUACCAUCAUAUUGCCGGCGGAAAAGGACAAGUGGCUAACUUUCCGCAACGUAAACUACAAGGAGCGAGUACUCUUCAUCGUCUACGCUGACCUGGAAUGCGUACUGCGGAAGACACAACCUGAUACGGAGCCGAUGACAUAUGCCUAUCAACAACAUGAGGUAUUCAGCAUUGGAUACUACGUGCGAUGCUCGUAUGACGACGCGUUAUCCGUAUACCGGUUUUGUCGCGAUAAAGAUUGUGUCACAUGGUUCGCCAAACAACUCGAAGAAUUGGCGCAUCGAGUUAAAUGUAUUUUAUCCGCUAAUGUUCCCAUGGAAACGUUAUCAAAAGAGCAAUUGGAGGCAUACCGUAGCGCGACACAGUGUCAUAUCUGUGAAAAACCGUUUGCGCCGGAUGAUACACGGGUGCGUGAUUAUUGCCAUCUGACCGGUCGUUACCGCGGUCCCGCGCAUUCUUCAUGCAACUUAAAUUAUCAAAAUGUAUCGUACAUACCGGUAGUCUUCUAUAAUUUAUCCGGGUACGAUUCGCAUUUUAUUAUUAAGGAAAUAGCGACAAUAUUUAAAGGAAAAAUUGACUUGUUACCCGUCACAAAAGAAAAGUACAUUUCAUUCACAAAGCAUGUUAUAAGUACCGCGGAUAAAUUAGACCCGCAAAAUCAUAUAAAGCUACGGUUUAUAGACUCCUACAAAUUUUUAAAUACUAGUCUCGAAAAAUUGGUAUCAUUUCUAGAUAAAGAAAAAUUAAAAAUUGUACGUUCAAAAUUUUCACACUUGUCCGAUGAGGAUUUCGAUUUACUGACACGAAAGGGUAUAUUUCCGUGGAUUGCGUGGAUAAGCUGCAGGACACAUGUUUACCGCCGCGCGAAUCAUUUUUCAGUUCCCUGACCGAUAACACAG